GUAGCUGCUGCAGUCAGAUCCAUCAUGUGGGCACUGACAGCCCUCCUGCUCCUGGUUCCAAGCAGAGGGCAAGCUGCUACUCUGGAGAAGCCCACAUUGUCUCUACACCCACCUUGGACCACAAUCUUCAAGGGAGAGCGGGUAACCUUGCGGUGUGAUGGAUAUCACCCUCUGCUUCUGGAGCUCCGGCCUAUCAACACUCUCUGGUAUUUGGGCCACCUACUUCUGCCUUCUCAUAAGAAGAGUAUUGAGGUGCAGACUCCAGGGGUGUAUCGAUGCCAAACACGGGGAGCUCCUGUCAGUGACCCCAUCCACCUCUCUGUAUCCAAUGACUGGCUGAUCCUUCAAGUGCCCUAUGCUGCGGUGUUCGAGGGCGAGCCACUGGUCAUGCGCUGUCGCGGUUGGUACGACAAGGUGGUCUACAAACUUCACUAUUAUCGCGACGACCAGGCCGUGCGCUACUUCCACUCCAGCGCCAACUACACCGUGUUGCAGGCGCGCGCCAGCGACAGCGGGCGCUACCAGUGCUCAGGCACCAUGCGUAUCCCAGUGGAGAGUGCACCUAUGUUCUCCUCCAAGGUGGCUGUAACCGUGCAAGAGCUGUUCCAGGCGCCGGUGCUGAGGGUGCUGGGUCCGGAGGAGGCCCGCGGAGGGGUGGUCCUGCGCUGCGAGACGCUCCUGCACCCACAGAAGCGCGACACGCCGCUGCAGUUCGCCUUCUACAAGUACAGUCGCACGGUGCGCCGCUUCGACUGGGGCGCAGAGUUCACGGUCCCGGAGCCAGAGAUCGAAGAGCUCGAAUCGUACUGGUGCGAGGCGGCUACCACCACCCGCAGCGUCCGGAAACGCAGCCCGUGGCUGCAGCUCCCAGGGCGCGGCUCUCACCUGAACCCGGCCUCCACCACAGCCCCCGCCCUGCGGGCAGCAGCCUUGGCGCCCGGUAACAAGCCGCUUUCCUUCAGAAAGCCCCCGGUGUCCAGAUCGGUGCCGUCGGUCACCUCGGCCCCGAACAGCACCUCCGCGGGGCUGCAGUUCCCGGCGGGCGGCGGCCCCACUGCUGGGCCACCUGCCUGCGCUCCGCCGACGCCCCUGGAACAGUCGGCCAGAGCCCUGAAACCCGACGUGGACCAGCUGCUCCGAGAAAUGCAGCUGCUCAAAGGCCUUCUGAGCCGCGUGGUCCUGGAACUGAAGGAGCCACAGGCCCUCCUGGAGCUCAGGGGAGCCCCCGAGACCCCCACCUCCCGCUUUGCCAUGAGCCCAGGGACCCCAGAGACCACUCCUGUGGAGAGCUGA